CGCACCAGGAUGGGUCGCGCGGAGAAGAAGCAGCAGCAUCACGAGCAGAAGCGUCGCGAGCCGGUCCGUUUCCGUCCAGGUGGCGCGAGGAGGACGAGCUGAUCUCGCGGAGCAGAAGACGGAGGAGAAGCCAGGAGGAAGGCGGAGGAGGAAAUCCCGCGAGACAAGAAAGAAAAGAAGAGAGACAGACGCAGAUACACUCAGAGAGAGAGUGAGAGAAAAGAGUGAGAAACCGCUGCACGUGAGGUGUGCGAGACCCCCCGGGGAGAGGGGACUAUAAUCGUUAAUUUGGAGGAGAGACGGUUAAUUUUUGUUUUUGUUUUCUCUACGCAGACGGAGAGAAAGGGUCUCCGAAAAAGACCAGCCAUAUGAAUCCCAUGACACAGUUGUACUACAAGAAGGCGACGUACUCGCCGUACCGCGACCGCAUCCCGCUUCAGAUCGUCCGGGCGGAGGUGGAGCUGUCCGCAGAGGAGAGGGCCUACCUCACCGCUGUGGAGAAAGGUGACUAUGCGGGUGUCAAGCAUGCCCUGCGCGAGGCGGAGGUCUACUACAACAUGGACGUGAACUGUCUGGACCCGCUGGGCCGCAGCGCGCUCCUCAUCGCCAUCGAGAACGAGAACCUGGAGAUCAUGGAGCUCCUGCUCGACCACGGCAUCCACACCGGCGACGCCUUGCUCUACGCCAUCAGGAAGGAGGUGGUGGGCGCCGUGGAGCUGCUGCUGUCGCACAGGAGGCCCAGCGGCGAGAAACAGGUUCCCUCGCUGAUGAUGGACAGUCAGUUUUCAGAGUUCACCCCGGACAUAACUCCCAUCAUGCUCGCUGCUCACACCAACAACUACGAGAUCAUCAAGCUCCUUGUCCAGCGGAAGGUCACCAUUCCUAGACCACACCAGAUACGAUGCGACUGUGUCGAGUGUGUAUCCAGUUCAGAGGUCGACAGUCUUCGACAUUCCAGGUCUCGACUCAACAUCUACAAGGCUCUGGCCUCGCCCUCCCUCAUCGCGCUUUCCAGUGAAGAUCCCAUCCUCACUGCCUUCAGACUGGGCUGGGAACUCAAAGAGCUCAGCAAGGUGGAGAACGAGUUUCGUCAGGAGUACGAGGAGCUGUCGCAGCAGUGCAAGCGGUUCGCCAAAGACCUUCUGGACCAGGCCAGGAGUUCUAGAGAGCUGGAAACCAUCCUGAACCACAGAGACAACGACCAGAGCGAGGAAUUGGACCCCAGGCAGUGCCACGACCUGGCCAAGCUCAAACUGGCCAUCAAAUACCACCAAAAAGAGUUUGUGGCCCAGCCCAACUGCCAGCAGCUGCUGGCCACGCUGUGGUACGAUGGCUUCCCGGGCUGGAGGAGACGACACUGGGCGGUCAAACUGGUCACCUGCUUCAUCAUUGGACUCCUGUUUCCUUUCUUCUCACUGAUCUACCUGUUGGCUCCAAAGAGCGCUCUGGGGCGCUUCAUCAAGAAGCCCUUCAUCAAGUUCAUCUGUCACACGGCGUCCUACCUGACCUUCCUCUUCCUCCUGCUGCUGGCCUCGCAGCACAUUGCCCGGACCAACCUGCACAUGCAGGGACCCCCGCCCACCCUCGUCGAGUGGAUGAUUCUCCCGUGGGUAGUGGGGUUCAUCUGGGCAGAGAUUAAGGAGAUGUGGGACGGGGGAUUCACAGAGUAUAUCCACGACUGGUGGAACCUGAUGGACUUCGCCAUGAACUCCCUCUACCUGGCCACCAUAUCACUGAAGAUAGUGGCCUACGUUAAGUAUAACUCCUCUCGUCCCAGGGAGGAGUGGGAGAUGUGGCACCCCACGCUGAUAGCCGAGGCUCUGUUCGCCAUCGCCAACAUCUUCAGCUCGCUCAGACUCAUCUCCCUCUUCACUGCCAACUCCCACCUCGGGCCACUUCAGAUCUCACUGGGCAGGAUGCUGCUGGACAUCCUCAAGUUCCUCUUCAUUUACUGUCUGGUCCUGCUGGCGUUUGCCAAUGGUCUGAACCAGCUGUAUUUCUACUAUGAGACCAAGGCCUCAGAAGAACCCAACAACUGCAAGGGCAUCCGCUGUGAGAGGCAGAACAACGCCUUCUCAACGUUGUUCGAGACUCUCCAGUCUCUGUUCUGGUCGAUAUUCGGGCUGCUGAAUCUGUACGUCACCAACGUGAAGGCCCGCCACGAGUUCACGGAGUUCGUCGGGGCGACCAUGUUCGGGACGUACAACGUCAUCUCGCUGGUGGUUCUGCUCAACAUGCUCAUCGCCAUGAUGAACAACUCCUACCAGCUCAUCGCUCAACAUUUGGACCACGCAGACAUCGAGUGGAAGUUUGCCCGCACCAAGCUGUGGAUGAGCUACUUUGACGAGGGCGGCACGCUGCCGCCUCCGUUCAACAUCAUCCCCAGCCCCAAGUCCAUCCUGUACCUGCUCGUGUGGCUCCACAACAAGUUGUGCAGAAGAGGCCAUGCGCCCGGCGAGGAAACACACAAAUGUGAAAACCUCCGGGAGUUCACGGAACGCCACGCAGACAGUCUGAUACAGAACCAGCAUUACCAGGAAGUGAUCCGGAGCCUGGUGAAGAGGUACGUGGCGGCCAUGAUACGCAGCGCCAAGACGGACGAGGGACUAACGGAGGAGAACUUUAAGGAGUUGAAGCAGGACAUCUCCAGUUUCCGCUACGAGGUCCUGGAUCUCCUCGGCAACCGGCGCCCUCCCCGGCGACAGUACUCCUCCAGCGAAGCAGCGAGAGACGACGGCGCCAUGGCAUCAGAGGACGACAGCGAGUCGGGCGACGGCGGCGGCGAAGGCCCGAGGUCAAAGGGCGUGAUGUUCAUGACCCCGGGGGAGGGCGAAGCGAGGUCGCCGACGCUCGGCGUGUCCGCCCUGGUGCGCUCCAUUUCUGGGAUGACCCGGACAGAUGGAGGGGGAGAGGGAGAGAGGGAGGAGGAGGAGGAGCUGGAGGAGGGCGUCGGAUGGGGGGAAGAGGAGGACGAGGAGGGGAAACCAAAGAGCAACGGGCUGAAGACGAGCGUCAUCCCUCUAUCCUCCUCCUCCACCGCCACCCUGCCCUGCCCAUCUUCGUCCUUCUCCUCGUCCUUCUCCUCAUCGUUCGCCCGCACCAGGACCCGCCUGCAGCGCCUCUCGGCUCCGGGAUCAAAGGCGGACUCUUUCAAGCGCCUCUCCUACCUGUUCUCGCGCUCCAAGCGCAGAUCCCCGCCCAUGCCUCUCCCGCUCCAGUCCCCGCCCUCCUACACCAUCUCCGACGGGUUGCUCCGCCCCCUGGGCAGCUCUCACUCCGACUUCGGACUCAGCGGCGUGACCCGAAGCGAGACCCGCCUGAACGAGGUGGGCCGCUCGGUCGACGUCAGCAACCCUUCCUUCUCCCCGCGGAGAGCCAACGGGCGGGACUCGCUUCUGGCGCUGCCCCUCCCGCCCCCGUGCCCCUGCCAAUCCCUGCACUGUGCUUCCAACAUGUCCGAGUCCAGCUCGCGCCUCCUGGACUCCAGCGAGGACAUUUUCCAGGGCGGAGGCGCGGGAGGAGUGGGCGAGGGCGGCGUCGACGGAGGAGGGGCGAGAAGAGGAGGAGGGCUGAUGAUGAUUGGCGGGUAUAUGGGACCCUGCGACGAUGUCACAGAGGACAGCUGUGAGGUCAUAGAGGACUCUGUCACCACGCAGCUAUAGGAGAGAGGGACUUUGUAUGUUUGCAAAAUGGCUGAACACGUUCAGAGGGAGAGAGACAGAGAGAGAGGGGGGUGGAGGGGCGAGAAGUCACGGAGCGGCAUCAGUGAUGGUUCUGGUGAUGCGUGCGAGCGAGGACAGAAGGGAUCCUGACAUGGCAGAUGUUCAUAAAGACAGUUUGACAUCAUCUGGUUGGAGUAUGGCGCGGACACGUCAUUGUCCACUUUCAGUUUGAAAAGAAUGCCCUGCGCAAGCUAUACGGAGUGGGCUAGCUAGCUAGAGCGCGAGAGAGCUAGCAAAGUAACCUGCCAGUCAGUGAGCUAACUAGCUAGCAAGGUAACUUCAGAGUGGUUUUCAAGCCACUCAGAUGAUCUCACUCAGUGAGAUUCAUGACAUUCAUUUACUGUAAAAACUGGAUUGAGAACGAUUUAAAAUGAGCUGCCAUGUUGCGCGGCCCACUGAAUACUGCCUCUUCCCCUGAGCCUUUCCCGCUUUAGGCGAUACACCACACACACAGAUAGUCUCUGGGAAUGUUUUACGCUCAGUAAAAAACCCCGUAGUUCAACAUUUCUUAACACUAAGAGUAAGAAUAGACUUUUAUAUGUCUCCCUUGUAAUUCACAAACUCGCGGCAAACUGUCUUUAUCAGCGUCUGCCAUUUUCCACGCAUGCCACAGGAGAACACAGGAGGAGAUUUAGAAGGGUACAAAUGUGUCUUCUUUUCUUUGGGAGAUUCAAACAGGCAUGAAUAUUACGGAAUUACAAGGAGACCAAAGUGACUGUUCAGAGGGGAAAUUAAUCCUUAAAAGUCCCUGUUUUGGUUUUCUGAACACAUGAUUUCUUCUUUCCCUUUAACCAAACUUCAAAUCUGCAACGGAAUAACAAUGGAAUUAAAUCCUUUUAAACCACUGGGAUUUAAACGGAGCUACCUUGAAACUCACUUCACUUCACCUUCAGCCAAAUGGAAUGAGUCCCACUGGAAUAACGUCCCCUUUAACUGUGGAAUUUGAUGGAUUUAACCGAAUCGCUGGGAUGAAAGGGAACGACAUGGAACCAUUGCUCUGCUGGUGAUCACCUGCACCCUCUCUCUCUGCAUCAACAAGGGCCAAGGAACUUUAUUUUAUCCUAAUAUCAGUUAUACUAGUAAUAAUAAUAACGAUAAUAAUAAUAAGAGACUUCUAAUAAUGAGGACAAUUCUGGUUUCUAAAGACUGUCUUUGCUUCUAUUUGAGUUGCCUACGAUAUCCUGGCUUCUCGCUCAGCUCUUCCUUAAUACGUACACUUUAACCUGAUGAAUACAAAUAUACAGUGAUAUUUAUUGUGAGGAGGAGGGAUGAUGGAUGUGUGAAUGCGUGGAAAGGACAAAAAAGCAGGACAGAGGAAUGAGGCGAGGAGGACUAACGGGAGGUAAGGACCAAAGGGAAGGAAGAGGAAUGAAGGACAGAUUGAGUGAAUGAGGAGCAGACGGAGAGAGCAGAGACGCGUUUGCCUUUGUAACUGGGAAAUCUAUUUAAAAAAGGGAAAUUU